CCCGUUUUUGCGCCUUCCUGCCGGGUGAAUUGAAUUGGUCACUUUUUUGGACUUUUGAUUUGAUGACAGCGGAGAACUUCUUUCCCUCCUAUUCUUCCGCGGUCUUGUUGUUGAAUCCCCGUCUGCCGUUCAUCCAAGGUCAACAAACCAGUUUGCUUGUCGAAUCUUCUUCACGCAACAGCCCGUGUCCUCCUUGCUAUAAAACGCACGCGAACUUAAGGUCAUUGAUUGGAACGUGAACAAACACGAAGAAGCUGAGACCACCUGCCAACGACUGCGCGCGCAAACCUUCAAUUCGCAGCCCACGAAGAACCCGCACACUGCCAGUCAACUCCACGACCGUCCGGGAACUGACAUAGCCUUGCCGCCUCCUCUACGACACUUGACUUCAUUCUGUCAUUGACGUCUCCUUGAGCCUCUGCGCUACUGUCCGAAUUCGCCCUUCAACCUACCGUCCCCUGCGACGACUGACCGCCAUCAUGGGUGUCGUCUACUACCUCCUCCACCCGAACCAGCUUCGCUCCAUCAUUCAAUGGAAGGUCUGGCACGAUCCCGUCCACCACCGCGAUCCCUCCAAGGAAGACCCUACGCUGAAGUCAUGCUUCGAAUUCCUCAACAAGACGAGCCGCAGCUUCUCCGCCGUCAUUCAGGAGCUCAACCCCGAACUCCUGGUUCCCGUUUGCUUGUUCUACCUUGUGCUGCGCGGCCUCGACACUAUCGAAGAUGAUAUGACACUGGAUAUCAAAGAGAAGGAGCCUCUGCUGCGCCAGUUUGACAAGUACAUGGAGACGGACGGUUGGACGUUCACCAAGAACGGACCCAACGAGAAGGACCGCGAGCUUCUGGUGCACUUUGACGAUGUCGUAACUGAGCUGAAGAAGAUCAAGAAGCCCUACUACGAGAUUAUCAAGGAUAUCACGAUCAAGAUGGGCAACGGUAUGGCCGACUACGCUCUCAAUGCCGAGCACAACGAGAACGGCGUUGCGACUAUCAAGGAGUACGAGCUUUACUGCCACUACGUCGCCGGCCUUGUCGGUGACGGCCUGACCCGCCUCUUCGUCGAGGGCAACAUGGCCAACCCCAAGCUUCUCGAGCGCCCCGCGCUCACCGAGUCCAUGGGACAGUUUCUCCAAAAGACCAACAUCAUUCGCGACGUCCACGAGGACUACCUCGACAAGCGCCGCUUCUGGCCCAAGGAGAUCUGGAGCAAGCACGUUGACACCUGGGACGAUCUCUUCAAGCCUGAGAACCUGCCCAAGGCUCUCGAGUGCAGCUCCGAGAUGUUGCUCAAUGCCCUCAAGCACACCGAGGAGUGCUUGUUCUACAUGGCUGGUAUCAAGGAUCAGAGUGUCUUCAACUUCGUCGCCAUCCCCCAGAGCAUGGCUAUUGCGACGCUGGAGCUAGUCUUCCGUAACCCUGCCAUCUUCAACAGCCACAUUAAGAUCACCAAGGGCGACGCAUGCUACCUCAUGACCAAGUCAACACAGAACCUCCAAAUUGUGUGUGAGGUUUUCAGGGACUACACCCGUCGGAUACACAAGAAGAACGACCCGCGCGAUCCCAACUACGUGCAGAUUAGCGUGCAAUGCGGCAAGAUUGAGCAAUUCAUCGACUCUCUGUUCCCGAGACAGGACCCCAAGCAGCUCGGAGAAGCGGCGAAACCGAAAGAGCGGGGCCAGCCGGGUAUGGAUGCAGGCGAAGCCUUCGUAUUGGGUGGCAUGGUUCUUCUGACCCUCUUUUUCGUAUCUGGUCUUAUGAUUGGAACUGCCUGGUUCUUUGGCGCACGCUUCGACUCGCUGUGGAAGACGGACAGCAUUUACUGGCCUGGAAGCGAGACCGGCGCGGCGACGCCGAUCGAGCACAUGGAGCUGUAACUCUACCAGACAGACGAGAACAAAAGCUGUUCUUUGACUGCUACGUUGCAUCUGACUGUUGACGGUACAUAUUGACGAGGAGUCUUCGGUUGCUCUCCGCCGGCAUGGCUAGGAAAUAUUGAGGAGCCCAUACUAAUCUUGCUAAUACACACCAUCCUCGUGAUGGGUUUUUCGCGACGCA